AUUAAUAUUUGUGAGCACACCCUUCUCGUUCUUUCUUUUCUUCCACCAUUACCUACUUUUCUCGCCUACCUUCGUCCGUUGAAUCCACAUCGGAACAGAAAAGCCGCAAGAAAUCUGGCAUCAGGACCACCACCCAUUGCUUUAGAAUCACAGGAGGCUGUCGUCUUGGACAAUUACCCCGCCAACCGACCUCAACAACGAAAUAGCCAUCUAAUCCGUAUUCCUCAUGACCUCCCUACAGGCCGUGGAGAGAAGUCUCUCGGAACUAAAUCUGUUGGGCCCUGACGGCUGGCCUGCCUGGACCCACGUUCUUCAAAAGGCACACAAGACCAAUUACGGUCGGAGUGAUGAUCCUGUCUUCCUGCAUUUGGCAUCCAAGACGCGACUAGGAGCUGUGACACUGCUGGCGGUCCAGUUCCAAGACUUUUUGCAAGAGGAUGGGCGUUAUUUGCUCUUCCAAAUGUCAAUGACGGACCAGAACCUGCUUUCGACCAUCCAAAGCAACCAGGUCGGACAGUUAGCCUGGCAAAUGCCAAAAUCGCGCGAAUACUUUCACCUCACUGGCAAGUUCUACAUCUGCUCGGCACCACGCCAGGUCACCCGCUACACGCCGCCAGUCCUGCCCCAUGUGAGUGGCUCGACCGAGGAUCUGGCAGCACAGCGCCAAGUUUCGAAUCAGUUUUGGGAGGUAAAGCGUCAGGAGCAAUGGCGCAAGCUACCGCCGAAAAUUAGGGCCUCGUACACCUGGCCCAUGGCCGGUAGCGUACCCAAGGGACCUGCCUCGGCCUUUCAAUGCCUAGCUAUGGAGGACAUGACCCAGCAGGAUGCCCCAAAGUCACCUAUUGGAAGCAGUAACAACCGGGAUAGUCUCAUGUCGCAGGACGGCACCCCCAACCCGAUGUCCUCGCCCUCCUCGCCGUCAUCCGUCGCGUCCUUUCGCUCGAGGUGGAAUGCCUUUUCAGGAAGCAUCCCCGCUGGAGCGGCAGACACCGAUGCGGCCCCGCUCUCGCCUGUGUCCGCGCAAAACAAGAUUCGCAACGAUAACCCAGCAAAAAUCUUGCAUGAUAUUGCGCUGGACAACUUUUGUCUGCUGGUCUUCAAGCCUUUGGACAUUGUCCACUUUGAGUCUUCGCCUCUUCCUCCCAAGAGAACAAUCUAUACCACCGACGCCGCAGGUCAAUGGACCACAAAUGAGGCGAACCCUUAGGACCCACGGACCCUAUAUCCCCAGUUACAUAUUACAAACUAACAGCAGCAAUAAACGAUACAGGUCAUUUCAGCCUUACGACAGUUUUGCUCUUCAUUGUAUUGCAAAAUGGAGCUAAGAAUGCUCGUCAUAGGUCGCAACACUUUCCAGGAGCACAUAUAUACCCGUGUCUGGAUCUUCUUUGUCAUGCAACUGGAGAUUUGAAGACCAUAUGAAAAAUGAGUACAUGUUCUCUC